UCAGCCUAAGCGCACCUCCCACCGCACGUACAACCUCUACCUGACUUGUCAGAUGGGGAGGCGGACGAAGCGAUUGCGUGUGGGGGAGCGGGACGUGGAGGCAGACGGGGCAGUCGGGGGAGGCGACGACUACAACGACGACGACGAAGGCGAGUGCGAAGCACAGGACAACGAGUCGGGGGACGUGUUUCCGUUGUGGAAGGCGAGCAUGGACAGUCGGACCAGUAAGAGCAGGGCUUCCGCGUCGACAACCAGGUGUGGAAAGAAGGCGGUGGGUGGUGGUGGCGAAGCCGAAGGCGACGGGGAGGGGGAGGGGCCGAAACUUCUGGUCGGUGGAGCACAUGGUCGCCCUCAUCAGGGCGAUACGGAACCAGGAUGCGCAACUGCAGAUGGCGGGCCACGCGUUCGCUCGGAUGAAGCAGAGGGAAUGAAAGUGGGCGAACGAGUUCAAGAAGGUGCAUUGCUUCCAGGGCGAGUUUGGGAAGGAGGACUCUUCCAGCUGUCCGCGAAGGAGAGGCUGGCGAGGGGGUUCAAUUUCAACAUGGAUCGGGCCGCCUACGAAGAGAUCAAGGUAUCGACCGCAAGGAGUCAUACAAUACACCCGCAGAAUGUCACAGACACCGACCGAGCAGGAGGUGUGCAACUUCCAUCCGGAUCUUUUGGCGGUCCUGAAUCUGUCCACGAUGGGGAUGCGGGUGGCGAUGGCAACGAUGAAGUCAACAACUCGACGAGGGGUUGUUCUCAGACUAUGGGCAGCCCUGGCGGUGUCCGAAAAAGGAAGAACAUGAGGCAGCAGACUUUCGAAGCCCUCACCGAGUGUAUGGAGAAGCACGGGACGCUGAUGGCGUCGACCAUGGAGAGCGCUAGCAAGAGGCAGUGCUCCAUCCAAAUUCGGCAGUGCGAAGCUAUGGAAGCGGAGUUGGAGGUGAAGAAGAAACACUAUGCGGCAUCGGAUGAAGUGAGCAAGAUGAUGUGCCACGUGAUGAUGGAAAUAGCGAAGGCCAUACGAGAUCGAUCUCUAGAGGCAGCCAUCGCCUUUCUUCGGCCACUUGCGCACAGGGACCAUCGUGCGCACGUCGCCUGGUCAUCCUUUCCGCAGCACUUCAUGCGGCUGGAUCGCCGUUUUUGCCACCAUCUCACAAUCGUCCGCGACAAUUACCUCAUUGUCGCCUUCGACUUCCGCUACGAUUUCUCGCCUCCUUGCCUUCAUCCUCCGCGCUUGUCGUCGUCAACGAUGACAAACUCUCGCAGCGCCGGCCAAGGGAAAAGGGGGAGGGACGCUCUUGAAAAGGAUGUGCCUGUCGUGGAGAAGAAGGGAAGGCAUCAAGCGAAGAAGCGUAAGGCUGUUGCUGCUGGGCCGUCCAAUGUCGGGAACAGUGUGAGGGACGAGUGGGUGAGCGACAGCGAGAGCACAGAAGAAGAUGACGCCAUCGAAUCGGGAGAAGAGGAGGCCGCCGCGCGGAAAGGGUCGUUGCGCACCCGGAGUGCUUUGAAGAUCAAUGACGCGGGUGCUGCGCAGGCUGCACAUCAUCCCCGAGGUGGGGAGGCGCGCGCGCAGGAGGAUGUCGUCAUCGACGUCGACGCCGAUGUUGCGCCGAGGGAGGUGCGCGGCAUGGCAAGCAACGCAGAGGUGCGCACGGCGGGGGCAUUGUCAAGGACACUUGCGACGGCGCCACCGGAAGGCGAUCGGUCUGUUCGGGCCCCUUCAUCACCAGUGUCGCCACGUCAACCCGCAGCACCACGCACCACCGCGAUGGAGGUGCAAGGUGGCAGGGCAGGGGUGGGGUCUUCCAGGGCAGCUAGAGGCGCUGGGGCUGGCGAAGGCCGUGGGGAUGGCGACGAUGACGAUCCUUUGGUGAACAGGCAGCGGCGAGGGUAUGUGAAAGAGGGCAUCGAGGCGGCGACGAGGCUGUGGGUGGAUGACCUCAGAUUCUGGAACGAGAUGGAGGGACACGGGCUUUAUAAGUUGAUCCAGGAGGCGCGGUUGUACCUUCUCGCCAUCGCCAGGGGGGUACAACCGCCAGUCAUACGACGGAGCAUUGCCCUCCCGCACAUCACCAUCCCCCAGCAUAAAGUGGAAGACGAAUCCGAGCUCAAGGCGACGAAAGAGAGGGCGACGAGAGUGCAGAGCAUCACCUUGUGCAUUAUCCAUGGGUGGAUCUUCAAGUCCGCCAGCCGGUCGCUUGGCUACCACGCGGCAUACGGCUACAUGUUGAACCACGUCACCGCGGACAUCGCCCACGCCAUGUGGUGUGGAGAGGAUUGGCGGACAUGCAUAAGUCCUGCUGUCAUCCACAACACCCUGGAGCUGGGCAUGAAACUACAUGUGUGGUUCGUGGGCGCCAACAUAGAGGACAGACACGAGGACGACGAGCUGGCGUUUUAUCAGGAGGCGAGCGUGCAGCGAGUGGUCGGAGCUUUGAAGCUUUCACGAGCGCGGUCAGCCUGGCCGAGUUUGUGGACGGAGGGCGAAUCUCGUAUGAGAGGCUGAAGAACAUCGCUGAUUGCAUGAGGCUUUUGCUCGCAGCUGCGAUGUGGCUUAUGC